AUGCCGCCGUCGGCACAUUCAGGCCAUUCCACAACGUCCUACCUGGCAAACUUGUGGUACGGUCUACGAAUGGCACCUGAGUUCGCCACUGUGGAUCUUACCAUGGACGAGGAGCUGAUCCGAGCAAUCGUUGCGUCGAGGGGCUCAACCAAGAUAAUCGGCCAUCUUCACGCAGCCAUGGAUUGGUACGAUGUAUUCUGGCUUGAGAAAUACGAUACAGCAAUGCGCUUGGGCUGCAGCCUUGUACGCUUUACCCGGCCAGCCAACUUCAUGGACGAUAACGCCGCCAUCCAAUCAUUUCGCAACACCAUAUACGCCAAGUCACAGAGAAUACCCAUGAUAUGCUACAAUACCGGCCGCGCUGGUCGUCGCUCCGCUUGCUUCAACCAGGUUCUGACUCCUGUGAUACCAGAAAAGCUACGAAAGGGCGCAGAUUUCGAGACCAGAGCGCAGGGAAAUCCGGAAACGUCGUGGCUUACUGUAACAGAAGCUACACAUAUUCUGUACGCAUCGUUCACAUAUGACCCGAUGGAGUUUUACAUUAUCGGUGCCGCAGCGGGUUACAGCCUCAGCCCUGCUAUGCACAAUGCGGCAUAUCGAGCGUGUGGUAUGCCUCACCACUUUGACCGCCUUCAAACUGCGACAUUGGACGAAAAUAUACGAGAGUUGUUGCGAAGACCGAACUUCGGCGGCACUGCAGUCAGCCAGCCAUUCAAGGUGGAUGCCAUUGCUCUUACUCACUCGGUAAGUCGCCAUGCUCGAGCGAUUGGAGCAAUCAACACGCUUCUUCCAAUUCGCCAUCUCAAUGAAGAUGGCAGUAUACCCGAUGCGGAUGGCGUUGAGUUAUAUCAAGAACGCAACCAGUCAGGGCCUGUCAAAGCAUUGUUUGGUGACAACACAGACUGGAUUGGCAUUCGAUCUUGCAUACGGAGAGGCCUGUCUCCUGCCAAUGCUGUUCGUCCAACGACCACCUCCAGCCUCGUGAUCGGGUCAGGAGGUAUGGCUAGGGCGGCAAUCUAUGCCAUGCUCCAGCUUGGCAUCAAGAAUAUCGUAAUCUUCAACCGAACAAUCAAGAACGCACAAAAUCUAGUCAGCUACUUCUCUGCACUAGCUGCAAGCCCAUCGGCAGCCAAACUCUUCCCAUCGUUCGUCCAGGGAUCUCAACCCACCUUUCGCAUACUUGAGUCGCGGGACGAUCCCUGGCCAAAAGAUCUCCGCGCACCGACAGUCAUCGUAUCAUGUAUACCCACGCAUGCUGUAGGUGACGAACCAUCGCCUGACUUCACGCUGCCCACUCAAUGGAUGCAAUCUCCUUCGGGAGGUGUAGUGAUAGAACUUGCUUACCGAACUCUCAAUACGCCACUGACGAAACAAGUUCGCGAAGAAGCGUCAGCAUCAUGGAUCUGCCUGGACGGCCUUGAUCUGUUACCUGAACAAGGUUUUGCGCAAUUCGAACUUUUCACAGGAAAAAGAGCUCCACGCAGGAUCAUGCGCGAGGAAGUGUUACGAUGCUGGACCGACGAGCAAGGACACUCGAAUCCUAAUAUGGUCCGCACGCGACUUGAAGCGAUGGAUGAGCAAGAGCCUUGA